GUACAAUACAUGCACAUGAACAUAGAUUAGUUCCUAAUUCAGUCGCAUUAGAACCACCGUACUGUCAAUGUGUGUCUUUAUUUAGUGAUUAAAACCUCAAUAUACAGUCCACUAUUUAAACUUAAUUAUGUGGUUUUUAUUUAAACGACCAGCACGCCACAUAAUAUGGUCCAUCUUCGCCUAAAUUAAUAAUUGAUAAAGACAUUAGUGUUGCGGUUCCAUGCGGUGUUCUGUGCGGCUCACAAUAUCAACCGCCAUAUUGCGUAGUGCGGGACUUAAAAUAAAUUGCGUCGUGUGUGUGCGCAAGUGCCACUUCAAUAAGUGACUAUAAACUUUACUGUGAAAAGCUGUGCUUUUUAAAAAACUGUGACCUGUGUUGCUGGUGUUAUUGGUGUCAUAGGACUCAGGCUGUGCUAUUGACAGCAAUUAUAAAAAGGACAUUGUUGCCGUGCUGUGCCAUUGACAGUUAUCAGCCACGCAUUGCGUGGUACGAGUAAUAGUGCUACCUAGUGUUAAUCACAACAUACUUACUGUGUUCGGGCUGUUGCUAUUGAGCAGUAUUUUAAUACGAACAUCAGGACUAAACAAACAUAAAUUCAGCCUGCUAUUGAGGCUGAUAAAUUAUACAUAAGUACUACAACAAAUAUUGUAGGUGCAUAUCAAUCUUCAUAAAUAUCGUCAUUCGAAUAGCAGAGAACAAGGUGAGCUGACUGAGUUCACGGUCAAGGACGGGAGCGGGAACAUACGUCAUCGACUGAUUCACACAACUCCACGAGGCAUCCGCCUUUGACAAAAGGAGCGGGCUAUAUCGUGCUGCAACGGGCAGGAGCGAGACAGCGAGACGUCGCUGUGCGAAGAACCCACCAAUUGCGGACGAGAGCGGCCUCGGUGAACGUUUCCGAUUGGUUCGUGAAUGAAGCAAGUUCGCGACAAUUCAUUCAAUUUCAUUCCUUGACGCGCGACGCGAGCGCCUUUGAACUGUGACUGCUGCGCAUUAACGCCAUUUUGUUUUCUCUGUUCUCUUUACUUAUUACGCAGUGUGCUCAGUCACGUUUUUUUUUAUUAAAAGUGAAAACUAUAGUCGAAUUGCACAAUAUAACUGUAUUAAUUAAUUUUAAAAGUACGAUUCACAAUGGAAGACGAUUUAAAACGCAUGGUUGCGACCAGAGGUCAAUUUAAAGACCCGAACGACGACGAAAAAAUUGACGAGUAUGAGGAUAAAUACUUGAUAACUUUGGCGGCACUAAAUCAAUGGCUCAAUGAACAUCAGUCAGCAGGUAACAUUGAAGGGCCUAGCCAACCCCCGAAGGUAUCCAGUAUGACUCAUCAGAGUCUUCCACGGAUCGAGAUUGGAAAGUUCAAUGGCCAGGUAGGCAAAUACCACGAUUUUGUAAACUUGUUCAAAAGUAUCAUUGACAAUGACACUAGGCUGUCGCAAUGCGAUAAAUUUUAUUAUUUAAAAACCUUAUUAGAAGGUGAGGCUGCGGAUGUGGUGCAGCAUUUAAGCUUAAAUGCCGAAAAUUAUAAUGUUGCUUUGCAAUUGUUAGCUGAGCGCUAUGAUAAUAAGUUUAGGAUAAUUAACCAUCAUAUAAACAGCAUACUUGAUCUACCUGUUAUAAAGAAAUGCUCUGCUGCUAGCUUAAGAGAGCUUGUAUCCAAAACUAAACAACACUUGUCAGCAUUAACUAACCUAGAAGUUCCCACACAGCACUGGGACUUAAUGAUUUUAUGUAUUUUACAGCGUAAGAUUGACAUGUACACCUUUAGAUGCUUUCAUCUAGAAUUAAAAGAUAACACUUUACCUAAACUAGAUUUAUUUCUGAAAUUUCUAGAUCAGCGAGCAUCUGCACUUGAAACUGUGGCAGAGGUGCAACAACCGUGUACUUCUGUGAACAAAUACCAUGGAGCGAGCUUAGUGGCGGCUGCUGAGGGCCAAAUAAGCAGAUCAUGUACCUAUUGCCAGUCCAAGUAUCAUAACAAGCUUCAUCAGUGCCAAAAAUUCAAGCUAGCCUUGCCAUCUGACCGCAUAAAAUUCGUUGAAUCUAACAAAUUAUGCAAGCUUUGCUUAAACUCACAUAAAGAAUAUUAAUGAGAGAACAGCUGCCAGUGGCUCCAGGUGGGCUAUAUUUGCAUAACACUAUGUUUGGCUAUAUUGUAGCAGGCAAGUUACCACAGCAUGGUAAGUAUAAACAAUGCCCGGUUAGUAACUUUUGUAGUAGCACAAGUAAUAUGAUGUUAGACUCAGAGUUUGAUCAAAAUGAGAUACAAAGGUUUAAUUCAAUUGACAAUUCACUAAAAAGGUUAUGGCAGUGUGAAGAGGUGCCUAAGGUCUAUACAGAGGCCUCCUCAGAGCAGGAACUUGCUGAAAUUCAGUUCUGUGAGUCAACAAAAUUAAUAGAUGGUAGGUUUGAGGUGUCUUUACCUUUAAAGCAGGACUUUAAGGAUAUAAGGCUAGGUGAUUCUUUAUCACGGGCUCUUCAAAGGUUUUACAACCUAGAAAAGAGGUUCAUUAGAGAUCCUUCGUUACAGGAACCCUAUAAAAAAUUUAUAGAUGAGUAUGUACAAUUAGGGCAUGGUAGAUACUAUGAUAUUAGCGAUUACAAUUUAGAGCAGGACCCGGUGUAUUUCUUACCACACCAUCCAGUAAUUAAUCAAAAUAGUAAAACAACAAAACUUCGGGUAGUGUUUGAUGGGUCAAUGUUAACUAAUGAAGGUGUUUCAUUAAAUGAUCACUUAUUAAAUGGACCUUGUGUUCAAAAGGACCUAUUUAGCAUUUUGAUCUUAUUUAGGUUAAAUGGUAAAUAUGUGUUCAUUUCUGACAUUAAAAAAAUGUUUAGAAAUAUUAUGUUGAACAAAAAACAAUGUUCACUACAAAACAUACUGUGGAGAGACACACCACAGGAAGAAAUAAGAUGUAUUCAAUUGCUAAGUGUAACAUAUGGUCUCCGAAGUUCAAACUUCUUAGCUACAAGGUGUUUAAAUGAGUUAGCUUACCGGUUCAAGGAUAAGUACCCUCUGGGGGCAGCUACUUUGUUAAACAAUGUCUAUGUUAAUGAUGUCAGCGUAGGGAGUAAUGAUCUUGAUGAACUCUGUGAGAUUAAAAAACAGUUGACUGAGCUACUGAAGUUAGGUAGUUUUGAGUUGCACAAAUGGAGUUCCAACCAUCCAAAAAUAUUACAGGAUAUUCCUAAGAGUGAUCAAAAUCUUGAGGAUAUUGAGUUUUGUCAGCAUGAAGAUGCCUUUGUUAAAACAUUAGGCAUAAAGUACAAUGUAAAAAAGGAUACCUUUAAUAUAGGGUGUUCACAAAAUGAGGUUCUUACAGAAUAUACCAAAAGACAGAUUUUAAGUUUUUUGAGUAGUGUAUUCGACCCGUUAGGUAUAAUAGGGCCUAUAAUUGUAUUGGCAAAAAUAUUCAUGCAACAGACAUGGAUGCUGAGGACUGCUUGGGAUCAGGCAGUGCCCUAUGAUUUAAAUAAAAAAUUUAAAGAAUUUGUUGAAAAUUUGUUAGGUAUGUCAGAUAUAGUGAUACCUAGAAACAUAAGAACAUACGAACUUCAGUUAAUAGAGCUAGUAGGGUUCUCUGAUGCUUCCAACAAGGCAUAUGGAAGCUGUUUAUAUGUUAGAACUAUUGAUUAUCAGGGAAAUGUUAGUAUGAACCUUCUAUGUUCUAAAUCCAGGAUUAAUCCUAUGACUAAAUUGACCACACCGAGAUUGGAGCUCAAUAGCGCAUUACUGCUGGCCAAGUUAGCCAAAAAGGUGUAUGACACUUUAAAAACAAAGUUUAGCUUAAAUGUGUAUCUAUAUGUUGAUUCAACAAUUGUUUUGGCAUGGUUAAAUACAGAACCAGUCAAAUUAAGUGUGUAUGUAGCCAAUAGGGUUAAGAUGAUUCGUGACUUAACUAAAGAGUUUUUAUGGCUGUAUGUAAAUACCACAAAAAACCCAGCAGACUGCCUAUCCAGAGGUGUUGAGCCACACUUGUUACAAAAUUAUGAUCUUUGGUGGUGUGGUCCAGAUUAUUUUAAAGAAAGUAGCUAUGUACAUAGUAGCAGGGGGCUUAAUUUCCCAGAGCAAAUUCCUGAAGUUAAGAUUUGCGGUAUUUCUAUUGAAAAGAAAAAAGAAAAGUUUGAGUUACUGUCAAAAUACUCAGAUAUAAAUAAAUUAAUAAGGGUAAUUGCUUGUAUAUACAGAGUUUACAACAUUUGUAAAAAGGAAGGCCACUUAGGAGGUAACAUAACUUGUGCUGAGUUAGACUUUGCAUUAAAAAUGAUAAUUAGGUGCGAUCAAAAACAUUAUUUUGAAAGUGAGAUGAAUGCAUUGACCUCAAAUAAACCAAUAAAAGGUAACCUUAGUUCAUUGAACCCGUUCAUUGAUGACAUGGGGCUACUGCGAGUAGGUGGUAGGUUGCAGCAUGCUCAGAUUCCUUAUUUUCAAAAACAUCCGAUUAUUUUGGCCAAGGGUUCAAAUAUUACGCAUCUAAUAAUAGCUAAUGAGCAUAAGCUACUCAUGCAUGCAGGUCAAAGAAUGAUUUUAUCAACUUUAAGCCAAAGGUAUUACAUUGUUAAUGGAUUAAGAGAAAUAAAAUGUGUUAUACAUAAAUGUAUUGUUUGUUUUAGGCUUAAGGCUAAAACAACGGAACAGCUGAUGGGUUCAUUGCCAUUUGAUAGGGUAAACCCUUGCCGUGCUUUUGAGAAAGUAGGUAUUGAUUAUGGGGGUCCCUUCUCAGUUAAGGCACACCGUAUCAGGAAACCAUUAAUUUAUAAGGCAUAUAUUCUCAUCUUUGUAUGCUUCGUCACAAAGGCGAUACACAUUGAGUUGGCUUCUAACAUGACCACAGAAUGCUUCCUGCAAUGUUUAAAAAGAUUUAUAAGCCGUCGUAACAGGCCAUCAAUAAUUUAUUGUGAUAAUGCAGCUACAUUCAAAGGGGCUAGCAACCAACUCAAUGAUUUAUAUUCAAAUCACUCUAAAAAGGAGCACCAAGAUACAGUGCAUAGAUUUGCAAGUGACUUAGGUAUUGAAUUUAAUUUUAUACCGGCAUAUUCACCAGUGUUCGGAGGUUUAUGGGAGGCUGGCAUAAAAAGUGCUAAAUUUCAUAUGAAAAGGGUUAUAGGCAACCAAGUACUCACUUAUGAGGAGUUAAACUCUGUAAUAAUACAAAUAGAGGGUGUAUUAAACUCAAGACCACUCAUCGCCUUACCAGCUACUGACACCACUGAUAUGGCCUAUUUAACUCCUAGUCAUUUUUUAACAGGAGCUGCUAUGACUUCUAUACCUGAACCUGAUGUGAAAGAUAUACCCAUUAAUAGAUUAUCUUUCUGGAAACAAUGUACAAAAAUGAUACAAUGUUUUUGGAAGGCAUGGCACAAGCAGUAUCUUGUGCAACUACAGAACAGGCCCAAGUGGCGUUCUGAUAGGCCUAACUUAGAAGUAGGUACUUUAGUAAUAGUAAGGGAAGAUAACUUACCUCCAUUACAGUGGAAAAUGGCUCGCAUUGUAGAAGUGUAUCCUGGUACAGAUGGCAAGGUUAGGGCACUCACUGUUAUUAACAGCAAAGGCACUAAAAUGCGAACGAGUGUGCAUAAGGUUUGUGUGUUGCCUAUAGAAUAAGUUAUCUGAUACCUUUUACUUGAUUCUGUCACUCAGCUCGAUCUAGAGGUAAUUUAAAUUCUAUUUGCUAGUUACUUUUUAGAGAAUAAAUAGUUUAGAAUAAUUAUAACAGUAUAAUACCUUCAAAUAAUGUUGUGUUUACAAAAUUACAGAGGUAAUUUAUACUCUUAUUUGUCGUACUCUUAUCAUACAUGGUAUAGAAUAAGCUAAUUGUUAGUAGGUAUAAUUAAGCAUAUUUAAUCGUUAGUUAAGUUGUACUAAGUACUUACCUAAACUUAUGCUGUGUUAACAGUUGAUUAAAUUUAAUAAUAAUUAAUUAUUUAAGCAGGUUCUUAUGUAGCCAUCUAUAGAAAUGUAUAACCUAAGAUAAUUAAAAUAAAUAGGAUUAAUGAACUGUACUCAACAUAAGUAUUCUAUAGAUAUAAAGAAAAUGUAAGAAACUAUUGUUUACUGAUGAUAUUGUUACAAUUUCAUGUCAGCUAUCUACCUAUAUUGUUACAUAAAUGUAAUUUCAGUUUGGGAGCUUAAUUUUUUUGAUUUGUCAAACAAUUAUUGUUAUUUUUGCCUUGGGCCCCAAUUAUGUACAAUACAUGCACAUGAACAUAGAUUAGUUCCUAAUUCAGUCGCAUUAGAACCACCGUACUGUCAAUGUGUGUCUUUAUUUAGUGAUUAAAACCUCAAUAUACAGUCCACUAUUUAAACUUAA